UCAGCUCGUCCUUCCCCCUACCCAGCUCCACUAUCAGGCUGGAGCCCCCGGCAGCACGGCACGCAACACACUGACAGCUGCGACCGACUCACAACCGAGGGGGGAAAGAUGGAGCACAGAGACGACGACUUCAACAUAUUGUUAGCGACCGACUCAUACAAGGUAACACAUUACAAACAGUACCCUCCCAACACGAGUAAAGUGUACUCCUACUUCGAGUGCCGUGAGAAGAGGACAGAUCCCACCAAAAACAGAAAAGUCAAAUAUGACAAAACCGUCUUCUACGGCCUACAGUACAUCCUCAACAAAUACCUAAAAGGAAAGGUAGUGACCCCGGAGAAGAUCCAGGAGGCAAAGGAGGUUUACAGAGAACACUUCCAGGAUGAUGUUUUCAAUGAGAAGGGCUGGACUUAUAUUUUGGAGAAAUACAAUGGACACCUUCCUAUUGAAAUCAAGGCGGUGCCAGAGGGGAGCGUCAUUCCUCGAGGCAACGUUCUGUUCACUGUGGAGAGCACAGACCCUGAAUGCUACUGGCUCACCAACUGGGUGGAGACCAUCCUGGUUCAGAUCUGGUACCCCAUCACUGUGGCGACCAACUCCAGAGAGCAGAAGAAGAUCCUCGCCAAGUACCUCCUUGAGACUUCUGGGAACUUGGACGGACUAGCGUACAAACUACAUGACUUCGGCUACAGGGGCGUCUCCUCACAAGAGACUGCGGGCAUUGGGGCCUCCGCCCAUCUGGUCAACUUCAAGGGCACAGACACGGUUGCCGGCAUCGGAGUCAUUAAGAAGUACUACGGCACCAAGGACCCCGUGCCAGGCUUCUCAGUGCCUGCCGCAGAGCACAGUACCAUCACAGCGUGGGGGAAAGACCAUGAAAAAGACGCCUUUGAGCACAUCAUCAAGCAGUUUCCCAGCGUGCCCGUUUCCAUCGUCAGCGACAGCUACGAUAUCUAUAACGCCUGCGAGAAGAUCUGGGGAGAGGACCUUCGGUCGCUGAUCGAGGCCCGUAGUGCGGAUGCUCCGCUGGUUGUCCGACCAGACUCAGGAAACCCGCUCGAUACAGUUUUGAAGGUUUUGGAGAUCCUGGGUAAGAAGUUUCAUCCAGUGGAGAACUCCAAAGGUUUUAAGGUUCUCCCUCCGUACAUCAGAGUCAUCCAGGGAGACGGAGUUGAUAUCAACACACUGCAAGAGAUAGUGGAGGGUAUGAAGCAACACAGGUGGUCCAUUGAGAAUAUCGCCUUCGGGUCUGGAGGGGCACUGCUGCAGAAACUGACCAGAGAUCUGCUCAACUGCUCCUUUAAAUGCAGCUAUGUGGUCACUAACGGACUGGGGGUGAAUGUGUUCAAGGACCCAGUGGCGGACCCUAACAAAAGGUCGAAGAAAGGUCGCCUGUCUCUGCACCGGACGCAGAGUGGCGACUUUGUCACCCUGGAAGAGGGCAAGGGCGACCUGGAGGAGUAUGGCGUGGACCUGCUGCACACAGUCUUUAAGAACGGGAAGAUUGUGAAGACGUACACAUUUGACGAAGUCAGAGACAAUGCUAAGCUCACAGAGAGUGAGCUUGAAGUGAGCUACUAAACCCCCACCCUUCACCCUAACCCCAAAACAAACCCCCUCAGCCCUUCACCUUUUGGCCUCCGACGCCACCCCGGAAAACGGAGGUGGCGUGCACUGCUAAUAGAUCCCACUCCCAAAGCUUGAGAACCCCCUGAAACGUUCCUAAAAACCCGAGACGCCCUUAAAAUUCACCGUUCUUCCCCCUCAGUUCCAAAACGCUGUUGUUGGUUUUCCAACAGAGUGGAGGGGGAAUUUGGAAACUCACACACCACUGAUAAAUGGCAAACAAGUGGGAGCAAGGGAAAAAGAGAAAGAGAAGAAAGUGUGCGAGAGGUAAAGUGAGCGACAGGAAGUUGCGAUUAUGAUGAUAAACCGUGCAUUCACUCCCAUGUGCCACCGCCCCCAAAUAGCACCUCGGCAUGUUGCACUGAUAGGCUAGACAUAUUGCAAUGUCAGAAUGUGAUUGGCUGCUGUUAGGCAGUGUGUCAGCGGACUUUUUCCAUGCCGACACAAAUAAGACGAUUGUGAAUGAGCUCCUGGCGGCUGCAUACGGAGUGAAUCCAUGGCGAGUCAAAGUGAGAAAGAUGAUGAGAGACAGAAAUAUGAAGCCACACCCACACCAAUGACCGCGCCCCGUGUAUUGUGUACAGAAUUGUUUAGAAAAAAAAUUACAUGUCUGAUUCUACUUAGCUUUGUCUUUUAUGUGAAGGAAGAAAUGCGAUGAUCAUUGUAUAUAACGGUGCACCGAUAACAUUGACUGACAGCUUAUAUGUUGCUUCUCCACUUUAAUUAUGGCCGAUAUUAUAUUAUGUAUUAUUAUAUUAUUUCCGCAGUUUACUCGCUGUUAAUCAGAAGUGAUGGUCCAAAUUAUAAAGGGCCGACAUCUAUCAAGUACUAUCUGAUUAUUUUGUACUCUUACUCUGCCAAAAAAAAUGUUAUGGGUGCAUCUCUGCAGGUAUAUAAAUGAUCAUCGACUUGCCAUUAUGUUGGUCACAGAGCAUUCACGUCAUGAAGGUCCAAUUGUACCACAAAUUCUAUUCAUGGAGGGAGGAUUUAGCCACUUCAAAGUGAUGUUUUUAAUGUUUUGUGAAUUUCAGAUUUAAGUGUAUUAGAGUGCACACUGUAAAAUCUGACAAGUUGAUUUUACUUAUUUUAAACAAAAAAAACCCCUAAGAAACCCAUUGUCUUGAAAAAUGUAGGUAAAUAUAGUUUUGAUUGAUGUUUACAUCAAUUUUUUAAGUUUACUUAAAAUUUAGUUAAAUGUACUUAAUUUUCUGAUGUUGUUGCAACUUAAAAAUUACAAGUUUAAUUUAGCGACUUCAGUAAACCAGGUAAACUGCACUAUAUGUUUGUAUUCUGCCAGCUGCAUUGUAGUCAGUCAUAUUUGUAUUAUCUUAAACAUGUCGAGAAAACAGAAAUUGCACAUCUCCUACCUUCGUCAUCGGCAAAAGCCUCUUUGUCAUGAUCAUGUUAAGUCAGACUAACUUGGUUUACUGAUGUUGCUAACACUUAAGAAGAACAAGGUAAUCUCACUUGUCCUUUUUUAGUUGCAACAAGUAAAUGCUGCUAAAUUUUGAGUAAACUUAACCCAAGCUAUAAAGUAAACACGAUUUAAGAUUAAUAGCUAUAUUUACAUUUCCAAGGCACUCAGUUUCCAAAAUUACAUGAAGUAAGAUAAACUUGUCAGGUUUUACAGAGUAUGUGUGGCGGUAGCUGACGACAGAAGGUCAUCGAUGAUAGCAAACUUUAGUUUUUGUUUUGAAGUUUUUCUUUUGAAUGCCUCUUUUAUGUGUCCCUUUGUAUCAGUCUGUGUCCCAUCUCUGAAUUCGGAGGCUUUGCGGGUCUGUGACCGCAUUCAGGCAGAGCUCUACAUGAGUUCUUUUUUUCCUCAGCAGCAGUUUGUGACUCGCAGGGUGGAUAAUUGAUCUAUUGAUCCGUUCAGAGAUGAUCAGAUCAGGUUGAUGGAUGAGAGGAUCAGCUGCUGCAAGUGAA